CUCCCUAGAAGUCCUCCCGCAAGACCCAUUCAUGCCAAUGCCGUGACCCCUCGGCCUGUUGCUUUCGCCCUCACGCCCCCAACCGUCCUUAACGUCUCCCUGCAAUGAAUACUUGGCGAUCCAGAUGCCCAAAUUAGAUGGCUAUUGGCUGCCAGACACGACAUCGCAAUCAAUUGUCCCUUAUGAGAUUGGAAGUCCACCAUCAUCACUUCUCAUAAAAAUCUUCCCGCCUAAUAAUACCGGAUGAAAGUUCCAUUGCCAUUUGCCCGCAAUCGUUCAGAUCCAUGGCGUGAAGCACGUUCCAACUGACCCCAGGAUCAAUCUCAUGAGAAACCAACUCUCCAUGUUUUGAUCGCAAUGCAUCCAUUCAAUUUCAACGGCAAUGUCUGAGCAUGGGCACCCCUCCACCAAUCUUCCCGUAGCCAGUCAACAUGAGCGACCUUUCCUCUACUCGUGGAACCGCCGCCUGCGACAUCUCCAUGGCGUCUCUCUGCGAAAUCUCCAUAUCACGUCCAACCACUCUCGAACCCGCGGAAAGACCGUCACCGAUGACGACGCGCCUCUGAACCUCGUUUCUCCCGCUAAGCGCGCCUUACAGAACGAUGUGUAUCACCUGCAACACGCUCGCUCCUUUAGCGAUUUGACUGCGUCUUUGGAAAAACAACCUUCUCCUCUAAGUCGAACCAAGGCCUCAACCUCGUACGAAAAGAACGAUGGGUCCCCCAAGAGGAGGCCCGAAGGUAGGCUUCGGCGAAGAAGUACCCUGCACUGGACUUCUGCUAGUCCACGGGAUCGCCAAUCCAAGCUCGAAGACAUGGUGCUCAAUCGGUUGGCUGAUACGUGGAUUUCCGUCCACUCUUCUGCUGCUGAGGAGCCCAUCUAUAUCACAGAGGUUGUUGAGCGCAGUAUGAACCCAACUUACGCCUACUUUGACCUGGAUGGUUGUGAUCCUGUUGCUUCUCGAUCUGAUGCAUGUGUCAUUCGAGUGUGGGCAACACCUUCCACCACCGACGAGUACUCGCUGCUUGUGGAGCUCGACGUCAAUUUUCGAUCGUUGCAUUACAUAGGCAAAAACCUGGAGACAUUCCAUCAUCCCUUACCCCAAAACUGUGUCCUCCUUCAUCUCUCUGAUGGUAUUUACACUAGUUUUACAGACCUACCAGCCAGCUCGCUUUCCGGCUUCAUCCCUUACAGUGAUGUCAGUGACCAAUCUGCCACCAAGACGACAUCGUCAUUUGAUGCGCUCAUGCAGCUUGCUAAUCUGGACGACUGCAUUCGUGAUGCGAUCAACGUGAGGACGCAGUUGGAGAACGACAUCAAUGCUAGUCUGGAUGGCAACAGUCGAGCCUCCAGCCUUGAUGAUGCGGCCGACUUGACUGACGAUGACGACGGGCCACAGGCCAGAACUGCACUCGCUGCCGAACAAAAACAUCUUCGGCAGCUGUCUAAACGCAAACAUGAGCUAGAGGAUUCGUUAAACCACAGACGUGAUGCAUUGAGAGAAGGUCACCAAUUCGAGGCCCAGAUUCAAGCGGUGUGCCACGAACGGGUCAAGUCUUGCACAGAAGUUGAGGCCCAGGUCAAAGAAAUGGAGAAGAAAUCGGUCGGCCAGAUGCGUCGAAUAUGUGAGGGGUUGCUGUCCAUCUUCCCUAUCGAGCCCAUCAAGAACCGUCCGCUGCAGUUUACCAUGCGUGGAAUACACCUUCCUAAUUCUGUGUACAACGACACGAACCGCGAUGAGAUUGCAGCAGCGCUUGGAUUCACUGCUCAAAUGGUCCUCCAGUUGUCCCUCUACCUUUCAGUGCCGCUGCCAUACCCUUUGGAGGCAUAUGGAUCGGCCUCAUAUAUUUCCGACCCCAUCUCCGUGGCUUUGAGCCAGAGACGAUUUCCAUUGCACCCUACGAACGUGCCGUACAAGUUUGAAUACGGGGUAUUUCUACUGAACAAGGACAUCGAGUUUCUGAUGAGUCGCUCAGGGUUGCGAGUCCUAGACAUCCGGCACACGCUACCAAACUUGAAGUAUCUCAUGUACGUCUUGACUGCGGGGACCGGCGAACUACCAGCACGGAAAGCCGGGGGAAUUCGUGCUCUUGGAGGCCGGCCAACGCCUGAUAUCUCCCGGCGAACCAGCGAAGAUAGUGUCCGGAGUCUGCCGGAGCUGAAGAAGGCAUCAAUCGAUCUCAGGACACACGCAGGAAUGCUCAGUAAAGAGAAGCGCGAAGAAAGCGAUCUGGCAGAUCCCUUUCUCACAAGUACUCCUGCUCAAGGUCUUCCAUUUAGGAGUCGACUUCCAUUCCAUACCGGGUAGAACAAGACUUGCAAAGACACAUACCUAGAGAACCCUGUAUAAUCAUGUUCUGAGGACGUAGCGAAUUGCC